AAAACCAACGAAUUGAAUAAGAGUUUGGCUGAGAGCAGUGGGUUUCAAUCGACACAUAGGGAGGGGGUUACGAAGAAAGAAAGACUUCAAAGACGAGAAAAAGAGAAUCUCAUCAAAGGUUUGAACUGGAAAGCUUGUGAAUAAAAUUUUCCAGUUGAUGUGAUGUGGGGAUAAUUUGAUCCAAAAGUGGACCACGGAAUUGCUAUUGAAAUUGGUCUUGACCCUGUUUUGAAAAGAUCUUUGGCGCUAACAAUGGAAACUAAGACAACCUACUUGGCAAGUCUCUUGCAGACUUGCAUAGACAAGAAAGCCCACCUAGCAGGCAAGCUCAUCCAUGCCCAUAUGCUCCGCUCACGUCUCUCUGACGAUACCUUCCUCUCCAAUCGUCUCAUUGAAUUCUAUGCCAAAUGCAAUGCAAUUGAUGCUUCUCGCCGCCUGUUCGAUCAAAUGCCCAAAAGGGACAUUUAUACUUGGAAUGCUAUACUAGGUGCUUAUUGUAAAGUUAGUAAGUUAGAAGAUGCUCAUGUGUUGUUCGCAGAAAUGCCCGAAAGGAAUAUUGUCUCGUGGAACACUUUGAUUAGUGCCUUAACUCGAAAUGGGUUUGAACAGAAGGCUUUAGGUGUUUAUUACAGGAUGAGUCGGGAAGGAUUCGUGCCCACCCAUUUUACUUUGGCUAGUGUUUUGAGUGCGUGUGGUGCAUUGGUUGAUGUAGAGUGCGGUAGGAGAUGUCAUGGGAUUUCUAUUAAAAUUGGUCUUGAUAACAAUAUAUAUGUGGGUAAUGCGUUGUUGGGCAUGUAUGCUAAGUGUAGGUGUAUUGGGGAUGCAAUUCAAGCUUUUGGGGAUGUGCCAGAACCUAAUGAGGUCUCUUUUACAGCGAUGAUGGGUGGGUUGGCAGACAGUGAUCAAGUCAACGAGGCUUUCAGACUGUUUAGGUUGAUGCUAAGAAAUAGAAUUCAUGUUGAUUCUGUCUCACUGUCUAGCGUUUUGGGUGUUUGUUCCAGAGGAGGAUGUGGGGAAUUUGGUCUUCAUGACUCAAAUGAUGUGCUUUCAUCUGAUGUGCAUGGGCAACAGGUGCACUGUCUCACAAUUAAACAUGGAUUUGAAUCAGAUCUUCAUUUAAAUAAUUCAUUGCUUGAUAUGUAUGCAAAGAAUGGGAACAUGGAUAGUGCUGAGAUGAUUUUUGUUAAUAUGCCCGAAGUCAGUGUUGUUUCAUGGAAUGUUAUGAUAGCUGGGUAUGGCCAAAAAUCCCAAAGCAGUAAAGCCAUAGAGUACCUGCAGAGAAUGCAGUAUCAUGGUUUCGAGCCAGAUGAGAUCACGUAUGUCAAUAUGCUUGUGGCAUGCAUAAAGUCUGGUGAUAUCGAAGCUGGGCGCCAAAUGUUUGAUGGGAUGUCAUCCCCAAACUUGAGUUCAUGGAACACUAUACUUUCUGGGUAUUCCCAGAAUGAGAACCACAAGGAGGCAGUAAAACUUUUCAGGGAAAUGCAAUUUCGAAGUGUCCACCCUGAUCGCACUACUUUGGCAAUUAUACUGAGCUCACUUGCAGGGAUGAUGCUUCUGGAAGGUGGAAGACAGGUCCAUGCUGUCUCACAAAAGGCUGUCUUUCAUACUGACAUAUAUCUUGCCAGUGGACUUAUUGGCAUGUAUUCAAAGUGUGGGAAGGUUGAGAUGGCAAAGCGUAUUUUUGACAGAAUAGCUGAACUGGAUAUUGUCUGCUGGAAUUCUAUGAUGGCAGGUCUCUCGCUCAAUUCUCUAGACAAGGAAGCUUUUACUUUCUUCAAGAAGAUGCGAGAAAAGGGGAUGUUUCCUUCUCAAUUCUCAUAUGCUACUGUACUCAGUUGUUGUGCAAAACUAUCUUCUUUGUCUCAAGGCAGACAAGUUCACUCUCAGAUAGCAAGGGAAGGAUACAUGAAUGAUGCCUUUGUGGGGAGUGCUCUGAUUGAUAUGUAUUCUAAAUGUGGUGAUGUAGAUGCAGCCCGGUGGGUUUUUGACAUGAUGCUUGGUAAAAAUACUGUCACUUGGAAUGAAAUGAUACAUGGUUAUGCACAGAACGGAUGUGGGGAUGAGGCUGUUCUUCUUUAUGAAGACAUGAUUGGAUCAGGUGAGAAACCUGAUGGCAUAACAUUUGUUGCUGUUUUAACCGCUUGUAGCCAUUCUGGAUUGGUUGACACAGGAAUCAAAAUAUUCAAUUCAAUGCAGCAAGAACAUGGAGUGGAACCACUUGUAGAUCAUUAUACCUGCAUCAUUGACUCUUUAGGCAGAGCUGGUCGGUUACAUGAAGCAGAAGUUCUUAUAGAUAAGAUGCCAUGUAAAGACGAUCCAAUCAUAUGGGAGGUUUUGCUCAGUUCUUGUAGAGUUUAUGCUGAUGUGAGCUUAGCAAGAAGAGCAGCAGAGGAGCUCUUUCGCUUGGAUCCCCAAAAGUCUGCUCCUUAUGUGCUUCUUGCCAACAUCUAUUCUUCCCUGGGAAGAUGGGAUGAUGCCAAGGCUGUUAGAGAACUGAUGAGUUACAAUCAGGUAGUUAAGGAUCCAGGUUAUAGUUGGAUUGAGCAUAAGAAUGGGAUGCAAGCCUUUAUGGUUGAUGAUAAUAGUAGGAUGGUUGAUGAUGAAGUUGUAGUUGUAAAUGAUGGAAUGUCUUGUUCCAGUGGAUAGCUCGUUGACAUAAUUCUUGCAGCCACGGAAAAAGAGAUGACUGAUCUAAUUUAUCGAAGCUUGAGGAAUGAAGAAAGAAUCCAGCUCAAGAUUCACCUCUAAACAAUUAAUUCAUGUUUAGGUUUCAAAAAAGCUGCACCAUUCUCAGAUACGUUUGUUAAAAGUCUGGUACCAUCUGGCCUGAACUUAUUAGCAAAAUAUUAAGUUGGAACUUGAUGUUGAGACCCAAUAACUUGACAAUCCAAUGAGUCUUUUCUCUGAGGAGAUUGACUCUAGUAACUGUGAGGAAUUUCCCAUCAGUUCAAGUUUGUUCAGGAAUUGGAGGGGCAUCAUCCUUCAGGCUGCUUUCAGUUCCUCAUACAAAGGGAAGUUGCAUUCAAUUCCAUAAGUUCUUCAACUUGUCAACAGAUGCUUCUAUACCCCUUCAAUUCCAUAGACAGAUUUUGGAAUGAGAAAUAGAAACUGUCAAACCCAUGGAUGGCUUGAUGUUUGCAUCUUUAGAGCUGGUUCUACUUGGAGCUUGACAUUGAUCUCUUUGACUGACAUGGACUGCAUCUCACAUCUACUUGUCAUACAAGAGAGUUAAAGAAAUCACUUUCCAGCACCUUGGUUGAUUAUUGCAGCCUCCAGUUGUUAAUGUUGGAAAUGUUAAAAUCAAAGUAUAUUAUUUGAUAUUUAUAUCUCUAUGGAAAUCACUGUCAGGGCCAGCAGCUUGAGACUUGGAGUUUGAAGAGUUGAAGCUCUCCAUCUCAGAGUACUUCUUAACGUGGUCCAUUAUAUUCUAUCAAGUGGUACACUCAGGAUUCAUAGUUGCAGUAGUCUUGGCUUGCAAUAUUUGUGCUGCCAACUGCUAUACCCUCUGAUACCAUUGAGGAACAAAAGUAUGAAUGGCUAUUUCUUAGUCCUAUGAUAGUGUAAUUUCUGAUUUUUUUUUUCUUCCCUACUGUAUUUAUAGGGGUUUUCCAGGUCAAAAUGACUCUAGGACCCUGUUUUUCUUGCUAUUUUAUUAUCUGAAACCAAUUGUAUGAUGUUUGAUGCUGUUUAUCGUUAAACUAUGUUGUAGGUUUGUUUUCCCUCA